AUGACAUUACAAGAUGAAUUAUCAAAACAAUUACCUCAAUAUAGUAAAUUUAAACUUUUUCAUAUUCAAACUAAACCAACGUAUAUAAAAUCACCUAUUCAUUUCCAACCAUUGAAACUUGAACAAGUUCAAACCAUUAAAAUCCGUCAUUUGAUUCAAUUAAUAGAUGAGGAUGAUCUUAUCGUGUUAGGAAUUGAAAUAUAUAUAUAUAUUCAGAUGUUUGGGGACCGGGUUGAACAAACUAUAUUCAUUUCGAAAUGUGAUACGGUUGGAUUAACGAAAUUGAAAUUUAAAGUUAAUGAUGUGAUUCAAGUGAUUAUAAAUUGGUUGAUUAAUUAUAAUUUAUAUGAUUAUAAAAUUAAAGUCAAAUCAGGGGGGAAAGUUUAUAAACCGAUUGAUAGAAAUGAUAAAAAUAAUGAUAAUGAUACUAUCAUAGCGAUUAAGAAACUUAUAACGAAAUUAAAUUCCAAUCCUCAAUUUCUUCAAACUUUACCAUAUUAUAAUGAUAAUAAUAAUAGUACAAAAAUAAGUAAUGAUCAACAGAAGAAUUUAUUAACAUUACCUUUGAAACAAACGAUUAAAUUAUGUUUAUUCACUAAAGCAGCUAAUCAAUAUCUUUAUCCUUAUUCAAGUAAAAAUUCAUUUAAACAUAUUAUAAAUGGUAUUCAAUUACUUAAAUGGUGGUUAAAAACAAUUGAUAAGACUUUUACUAAUUGGAAUUGUAGGUUAUUAAUUCCUGGAUCGGAUGAUUUAUCAACGCAAAAGUUUUUAAAUGAUUUAAAUAUUAAUCAAUGGAAAAUUGGGAAUAUUUAUGGUGAUAAUAAUGAUAAAGAAUUAGCUAUUCAUUCUAUACCGGUUUAUCCUGAUGAUCCAAAGGGGAGAUUUUUAGAGCAUUUAAUUGUGGAAAAUAGAUAUCAUAAAUUAACCAUUAAUCAAUUUUAUCAUGAAUUAGGAUUUAGACAAGAAUUUAGAUUAGGUAAUUUAGUGGGAUUAAUUGGAUGUAAAUCGAAUGAAAUUGAUAUUAUUCCCCCCGUAAACAAAGAGCAACAAAUAUCUUCAGCGGCGGUGAUAUUAACGAUUCAUCAAUAUAAACAAUUGGUUAAUAAUUUAAUUAAAGCGGAAAGUUUCACUAAUAAGAAUGAUAUUCAAAAUUUAAUUCGAGAAAAGAUUCCUAAUUAUCUUGAACGAUUGGGUAAUGAAGAUAUGAUAUAUCAUGAAAUAAUCGGUAAUAAAGUAGAAACCGUGGUAUCAACAACAACCAAAGUCACUCCGCAAGUUAUAAAUACAUUAACAGUUAAGAGAAAGGCUCCUACUGAUUUAACCAAUCUUAUUAAGAAGAAGAAGAAGAAAUAA